AUGCUCUCACACUAUGUUGAUGAUCUUGAAGGGCAUGAUCGGAUUAAAUCUGCGCUUGAUCACAUUGGGACACACGCACUUUUGAAGAUGCUAGCUCCUGCAUCCCUGCUGAGUACUCCAGAAGGUGAUCCGGUCCAUCCUGCUGAGUGUAUGCAGCAGUUACUGGAGAAAGUUUGGCGUCAUAGAGUCAAUGUUGAUGGCAAUGUCUGA